CCAUGGUAAUCAGUCAUGGCGCCCGGGGGUCAACCCAUCCUCUCGUCCGCUCCUCUGCAGAUGCUCUUCUACUUGAACUGCUGGUACUUUGCAGCCUUCUACCUGGCGGAGAUUCUUAUGUUCAUCUAUAAAGGGAUUUCACUUCCAUAUCCAUCCGACAAUCUGGUUUUGGAUGUGAUGCUGCUAAUCCUGUUUCUUGGUCUUGAGAGCCUCAGAAUCUUUUAUGGUUGGAAGGGGAACCUCUGCGAGCGCUCUCUGGCCUCGUGUGCCUCGCUCUUCAUCCUGUUUCCUUGUGCGGCGCUCGCUGUUUACUACCUGCUGCUGCAGACCUUCGUCCUGCGCCUGGAGUUUCUCCUCAGCGCCGUCUUGCUCUGCUUCUACAGCCUCGAGUUUCUGCUUGGAGUCCUUGCCAUAUCUGCCUUCUCCAGGUCUAAAGUUUACUAAGGACAUAAUACUGUGCACAAAGGACAUAAAGACUCAUCAGAUGCUGCAGUGCAAAUAUGAAACAUUAUUUUCUAAAGCUGAUAUUUAGACAUCUCGGGGUUUAUUACACAUAUAUUUGCUCUGUUAUACUAAUUGCUGUGAUUCUUUCAAUGUUCUUCUGAUCUUAAGACGUCCUUGUAAAUAAGUGUAGAAAUCAGUUGUGUAAGUGAACGUUGCUUUUUAUGGACCA